AUGGGCUACUAUGACGUCCAAAGUGAGUCUUUUGAGGAGCUGAAUGUGGUAAGCAAGGGGGAAGUAUGACAAAAGUGCUCCGCUGAUGCUCCGUAUUUCCAAGACACGUCGGAGAAGAAAGAGGUGGGAUGUCAAGCUGGCACGAUGUGGAGCUUGUCCUCUUACAAGCCUGGAUGCGGUGUGCAAGCCCUGAGGAGCGAUGAUGUCGAGACGAGCUGGCAGUGAGUUGCGCGCGCGCGCUGUGCUGGUGCACUUGAAUCACUCGCUGCAACAUGUGGCACUGUCUGAAUACUACGUCGUCUGCUUGUCGCGCCAAUGCCCUACAGCUCCGACGGCACGCAACCUCAUCUCAUCAAUAUCCAAUUCUCAAAGAGCACAUUGCUCACCGUGAGUCUGCAAAGAAGCGGGACACAGAAGGUCGUGUGCUCGUCGCCACUGGACAGAGCGCUGAACAGUAUGCACGGCACGUAUGCGGCUGCAUCGCAGCACAUCUCUUUGCACCUGAAUCACUCGCUGGACGACAGCUAUACGCCUAGCAAGAUCCUUGUCAGGGCUGGCACGCACUACCACGAUCUAGUCGACGUUCGUACUCGGUCAGUCCGAAGCGCAUCACACCUCCCCAAGUUCAGGUCGCAAGCUCACCUCGAUCAUGCUUCUCGUCUCGCAUCCGCAUCGCACUGUCUGAUCUCAUCAUCAGAACACUCGACAAGCCGGUAGGCUGGUAUCACUUUGCCUUGUCCAAGCCUUCUGCGACGCAUAGCGAAGAGACGGAUGAUGAGAAGGAGGAUGCGCAGCUAGAUGCUGUGGUGAGAAAAGAUAAAGCUCAGAAAGGUGGAGGUAGGGCAAGCCGAGAGGAGCGAGAAGGAAAGAGCUGGAGAGGACGCAAUCUGCCCAGUGAGGUUAGAGCGAAUCGACCAGAGGUGAGUGACGAUUGGGGAAGAACGAUGGCUAGUCAGCUGUGGUGGUGAGAGGGACCAGCUCAAUUCAGCUUGUGCAUUGCUCACCAUCAUAUCGUGCUUCGGCAGCCCAUACAAGCGUACCUGCUGCAGGUGUGCAUUCAGCAGUGUCAUCUGAACGGCAAAGACACGCAUGUACGAGGCCUAAAAGUGUGGGGACCAGCUUCAGCUUCUACCAAAAUCACAUCCAAAUCAGGCAAUCACUCGACUUCGACUACUGGUCUCCGAUCCCUGCGCACGGGUCAAGAUACAGGCAUGGGCUUUCGCAGUUCAGCCUUUUCAAACAUGGUAGAGUCGAGCAGAACGUAUGAUCAACUUCGGGGCGGAGAGCCGCACGCCGCUACUUCCACAUCCACCCCUUCGGAUGCGAAAAGGAGAGCUAUGAACGCUCAGUCUUUGGAUAGAAGGAGGUUGAGGGAUAGAGCAAAAGAGGCGCUUGAUCUGCUGGAUAGGCACGAGAUUCGAGAUGGGGAUCUGGAGAGCUUGAUGGAUGAAGAAGAGCAGGAGCAGAGUGGGACGGAUGAAGAUGAUGAGACGAGCGUGGAGCAAAAAGGCGCACGCGGAAAUUUUGUGAUCGGCCAGAAUCAGAGGCGUACGGCACCGAGUAGAGAAGCUCAAGAUGUCGGUCUCGGCCUGACUGGCUACAGGACAGAGGCUCUUGCAAGGGUCAGGAGGAGAGAUUUUGGAAGCGUCGACAUUAGAUGA